ACGAGUGAAGACGCAACGCACAAGUUUUGGCGCGCAUUUUGACGUGCGAAGUUCCUUUCGACCUGCGUCUUAUUUGUUUUUUAUUUAUUUGUUUUUUUAAGUGUUCACAAAAAAGUUUUGUGCCACGCGUGUGUUUGCUUACUGCCUGGCUAAUUGCUAAAAAAUUCAUGAGACAAUUAAAUAGAUACGAUAGGCAGGUAUUUGUACUACAAACGAUACAAAACCAGACAAAGCCGCACUAGGUAGUGCGUGUGUUUUUUUUUUCGAUGCGUGUCUGUGUCAACAGCAACAUGUAAAUCCAUGGCGGACAGCAACAAACCCAAAUACAAAUCCCCCGGCUCUGGCGCUAUCCACAUAGUGCAGAGCCGGAGGCGCACGAAACUCCUUUGGCUGGACUGUUUCUGCUUCCUACAGCUAUGUUUACUUAGCAAAGUUAUCAAACUGGCGGCGCUCGCCGAGGAAGUUGCCACAUCAACGAGCAGCAUCUCGGAUGAAUGGGGCUCCGGCAUGAUGGGCACCAAUUUCCUCGUAGAGAUCGAACAGACUGCGGCCAUGGCGCCCGCCAGUGGCAACAAUGCCGAUGAUUACUUAAACAGUCAAGAGGAGGACGUCGGCUCGACUACAACCAUAACUGGAGCUACGAAUGGCACAAAUGUGGCGACGGGCCCCAAAAUCAUAGUUCGUACCGAAGAGGUGCUCAUUGUUGGGCUCGUGCUGGUGCUCUGGGUCGGAGCUAUAAUGCUGUUCUUCAAUCGCUGGGGCAAGAUACGAAUGCUGGAGCCAUACCAGCCCAAGUUUCAGCAGCAGCAUCGGUCUUCCUGCCCGCUGGUCGACUUGGAUGCCGUGCAGGCGCAUCAGCGCGCAUCUGUUUCGCGCAUGUCGAUGGGCAUGGUGCACAAUUUGAAUAUGCCAACGUGUCAAUUUACGGCUUAUAAUCCAAGUGUAUAUGCGAAGGGCUACGCCUCACACAUCUCGCACGUCUCAAGGCCCCGACAGAACUCAGUGUUCGUUGGCGCCAGUACCAGUCACUUUUUGAUGCCAAAACCACCACGUAAGACACGCUCAGCCAUGGAUCUGCACUCGAUGGUGUUGGACGAGAGUGCCGAGCAAGUUUAGGAGCCCAAAGAGCUCUACAAAACACAUACGAGUACAUAUGUAAUAGCACAUAUAUUUUUUUGUGAGAGUAGUAUAUACACUCGUACCACUACUAUAUUGAUCGUAUUGUAUUGUAUUGUAUUGUAUUGUAUGUGUUUACUUAUAAGUAAGUAGCUUAUUAAGCCGGUAAGCAUAAGUGCGUGUGUGUGCGUAUGUUUUGUACAAGUGAGCGAUUGAGCGAUUGAACAAUGAUGAUAAUGCAGAUGAUUACAAUGAUGAUAGCGAUGAUGUGCACAAGCCAUUGGUAAUGGAUUGAAAAACUGUUAACGAUCUGAGGAACAACACUGUCCAAUUGCAACUAUUUACAACACUUAUUCGCAUAUAACUCAUAACUUAACUAACGCACCAUCCACCUCCACAUACACACACAGAAUUCUAUCCUGUUGGCCUCUCUAUGUGUAUGUGUGUGUGUGUGUGUGGAUGCUCGGGCAACUCGUUGAAUAAUGGAAUAUCUAGUUGGCCGAGCAUCAUUAUCAGCAUCUGCUAAUGGCCAGCUCCAAAUGUCAUUUUAAAAGUCAAUUUUAUGCGCGUCCGAUGCGAGCAAAUAUCGGUGCCUGAAUUUGCUAUAGUUUCUGCUAGUAUUUGAUAUAAUUAAAUUUCUACUACUAAUAUCUAUCUAUCUGUCUAUCGAUUUCACUCUCUAUAUAUUUUAAACUAAAGUAGCGUCUUAGCUCUUUUCUACUCAAUUGUUGCGCUUUCCAGCUAUUACAAAUAGUUUUUACUUACAUACUUACAAGUAUAUACCAAGGCGUAUUUACUAAUACAAGAAUAAAGAAUAAUAAUAAAUAGUAUUUCAUGUGCAUAUUACAUACACAU